AUGCCGCUCGCCAUGUUGCCCUCGCCGCCGAUCGGCGACGGCGAAGGCGGCGGGGAGCCCCGAAGCUGCGCCUCGCCGACGCCCUCUCUCCGCAGGAAGGGCAGGGGGUCCCCCGGCCGCAGCGGCGGAAGCGCCCGCAAGAGUUCAGGCUCAAGAGAAUUCGGAAGUUCAAUUUUGAAUUCUGUAAAUAAGUCAACAUCCCAAUUUAAGAAGUCCAUUAAUCGUAAAAGUGGUUCCCCUAUAGAUUGGUUCCCUCGGAAAAAGACUGAACCAUACUUGAAGAGAAAGAUAAAGCGUCUUCAGGAGUGUGAUGGUAUGACUGCGUCUCUUCAUGAGACUCUGGGAAAUGCCAAUCCUCACUAUACGCGAAUGGCAAGGGAGAAAAUUGCAGCCAGAGAAGCAGCCGGAAAGGCAAUGGAAGCUCGCAAAGCUGCCAUGGUUGAAGCAUCAUGGUGCAGAAUCCUUCAUGCAGCAAGGAUCCAAAACAAAGAUGCCGAAGAACUUAUGGAAAAGGCCAAGGUGCGGGCAACUGAGGCAUUUGAAGAAGCUAGAGUAAUUGGUGUGAUGAUGUACGACAGACCAGAUUGUUCAAACCAGCAGUAUGAGGUGGAAUCAUUGUCACAGACUGGGGGACAAUCAACUCAUAAGGUCACUGCCUCCUUUCAGACUGGUUUUGAGGUUGAUAUGGAGGUUGCUGCAGCUGUUAAGAAAGCAUUUAUUCAACUUGCAAAUUCUUCUGAUUCAUCAAACAAAGAAGAGUUUAAGGAGCUAUUAUGGAAAAUUAGCCAAAAUCCUGAUGCAACCGAGAUUGAAUUGAAUUCUGAAGAUGAACAACAUCAGGGAAACGGUAACAAUGAAGAGAGAAAAAAAAUAAAAUUCAAUAGAGAAAUUUUGAGAGCCAGCAUGUUUCCAUCUCAGUUUGAUGACACUAACGUUCAGCAAUCCCAUGACCUUGUGAACAUUAUGCUGGAAAGGCUAAAAGCUCUUCAUGAAGAUGAGCUAGCCUCUCUGGCAGUUAUUGUUGCCACUUCUGGCCUAAAUGCUGCACUUCAGAGUGACACGGGCAAAUAUCAGCGAACUGGCUCUGUGAACAGCGGUUUAUCUACAACACAAAGGACACACUCAAGAAGAUAUUCCACUGCAGCUAGCUUUGUUGAUAUCCUGGAACCAAAGAAAGAAGUCACAUCUGAGCUUCCAAGUCUGGAGAAGUUCUUGGUCAAGCAUCUUUCAAAGCUUGAAAAAGAAGUUCAGGAAGCAAGAGAAGCAGGCAAAAAAGCCUCUUCAGUAAAUUCUUGUGCACAAGGGGGCCAAAGUCAAGUUACUGGAAUGAAUCUGAAGGGACCAGAUUCUGCUUCAGAUCUGGGCAGCAUCCUUGUGAAGCAUGUGUCCAAGCUUGAGAAGGAGAUUCUAGAAGCGAAGAAGAAUAACACACGCAUUCAACCCUUGGAAGAAAGCUGCAAGAAUGCAGAAGUACAUGUUAAGGAAGAUGCCAGUAAAGAAUCUGAAUCUUACAAGGCUCAGUCAGAAUCUCUCUGUAACAGCGAUUUCAUGACGAGUUUUGGUUCCAGAACACCAGAUGAAAAAAGCAAGCACGUCCAAGGUUGUUCACAACAAGACAAAGAGAAUAAAACUUUAUUUUCACAUCAGUUACCACCAUCUGGUGCAAAAGUUAAAUAUGGAGGAAAAAGAUUAACUCGGAUUGAAGCUGCAAAACUGGAAGCACUUAAUUCUUUUUGUACUAAAGAUGGAAAUACAUUUGAUGUUGGCCUUGAUAAGAUUUUUAUCAAGCCAAUCCAUAGAUUGGAGAGGGAAAAGAAGAAAGCACUUGAGCAUGGACAAAGCAAUUUGCAGAAAGAUCCACAGAAGAAUGAUCGCACCACAACUGUGACAGGGAGUUUGGAUGAGAUCUUAGUGAAGCAUGUGUCAAGGCUAGAAAGGGAGAAAAUUGAGUAUGAAAAGAGGAAUGCACUGGGGGAAGGACUGAGCAAUGUGCCGCAUGGUCAGCGAAAGCAUGGUAUCAAUACUACAGGAUCCGAGAGUUUGGAUCAAGUCUUAGUAAAGCAUGUUAGCCGUCUAGAAAGGGAGAAAUUAGAAUAUAGAAAGAGGGAUGCAUUGGGAGAAAGAACAAGUGAACAGAAUCAUCAGGAAAGGCACAGUAACACUGCCAUAGCAUCUGAUAGUUUAGAUCAGAUCUUAGUUAAGCAUGUCUCUAGACUUGAAAAGGAGAAGAUGGAGCAUGAAAAGAGCGGUGAUAUGAUCUUUCUAAAGAAGAGUGACCCGAAAUGCACAGAUGGAGCAGGUCUGUCUGACAUCCUUGUCAAGCGUCCAACGAAGCUUGAGCAGGCCAAGCUGGCUUCUUCUGUUACCGAAGAAGCACUGACAAGUAGCUUUAAUCCUGUCGAAGAGCGCAGAAGAGCAAGGGAGAAGGAGCUUAUGGAUGCAUGGGGAGGAGUGGGUCUAGGAAACUCGAUGAAACCCAAUCUCUCAAAAAUUGAGAAGGACAAGGUUGCCUGGAGAAAAGCGGAGGAAGAACAAAAAAAGAUGUGUGCUACUUCUACCAGGGAGGAGCUGUAACUGUAAGCUUGUAGCUUCGCUGUACUGGGACUGGUGUGCCCAUUUCACUCUAUGUACUUGUUUUGUUGUUUCCCAUAUGCACUUCCAGCUCGGAGGAAAGGGCAUGCAUGUAUAUUCUACUGGUAAAGCAAACACUAAUUCUGGGAACUUCAUAUCAUAAGACAAGAAGAUCAGUUACUUUCUGCCAAACUUCUGUAUCUUUGCUCUCUCUCUGUAGCCGAUGUGCUCUCCUUAGCUUCUAGUCACUAUGUCGUGCACUAGCUUGGCAUAUCCUGUGUGCUUAUCCGCGGAGGCAUAUGCGAGGAUCAACAUCCAGGGAUUAUUGUUGACUCUUCGCAGAGCCGCAAAGUUUGACAUUGUCAUCAGCUGAUCAUCAGGUUAAUAGAUGGUAUCCUAUCCUUCUUAGAUAUG